AUGUCGCAACUUACUCCACUUCGCCCCGGCGUCUACGCCCCAACAAUGACCUUCUUCAACCCCGAGACCGAGGAGCUUGAUGUUGCCUCCAUUCGCCGUCAUGCAGUUCGCCUGGCCAAGGCUGGUCUUGUUGGCUUGGUCACAAUGGGUUCCAACGGCGAAGCCGUGCAUUUGACACGCGAGGAGCGUAUCACUGUGACUCGCGAGACCCGAUCUGCUCUGGACGAGGCUGGUUUCCAGAAUGUGCCAGUCAUCGCCGGUGCCAGUGAGAAUAGCAUUCGCGGAUCCAUUGAGCUAUGCAAGGAUGUUGCCAGUGCCGGCGGCGAGUAUGCUUUGAUUGUGCCUCCCAGCUACUACCGUGCUGCUGUCGGCAAUGACGAGACCAUUUACGAGUACUUCACAGCUGUGGCCGAUGGAUCACCCGUGCCUUUGAUUCUGUAUAACUACCCCGGCGCUGUCGCUGGUAUCGAUAUGGACUCGGAUCUUAUCAUCCGUAUCUCCGCUCACCCGAACAUUAUUGGCACCAAGUUCACUUGCGCAAACACUGGCAAGCUGACCCGUGUUGCUACUGCAUUGGGUGCCAUUCGUGCUGCUCCUACUGUUGCCAAGCCCACCGCUCGCCACCCCUACGUGGCUUUUGGUGGUAUUGCCGAUUUCAGUCUCCAGACACUUGUGUCCGGUGGCUCAGCCAUCCUGGCGGGCGGUGCUAACGUCAUCCCCCGCCUGUGUGUGCGCAUUUUCAAUCUUUGGUCUGAGGGUCGCCUUGCUGAGGCUAUGGAAGCUCAGCAGCAGCUCAGUGCUGCCGAUUGGGUUCUGACCAAGGCUGCUAUCCCUGGUACUAAGUCAGCUAUUGAGUCCUACUACGGUUACGGAGGAUUCCCUCGACGACCUCUUGGCCGUCUUAGUGAGGCUCAGGCUAAGGAGAUUGCUGAUAAGAUUAAGCCCUCAUUGGAUGUGGAGCUGUCCCUGCCAGACGUCGCAUGA